UUUCGACCAGAGCGCAGUCCGGAUUAGCAAGUCGCGUCGUUAAGUAGUAGGUUGCUUCUUUUCCUCGCCAGUCAAGUUCGAGGUGAGCUGAAUAGUUGCCGGUUUCGGGUGAUCGUUUCCUACACUAACAGCCCUCGUAACGGGUUGUCGUCGCUGGCAGUUGGUGGCAGACAAAACCGGCUUGCAGAAGAGAGGGUGGAUCACGAUGUAAUUUUUGCAGUUUUUGCCUGGUUGGUGCUGCUCGUUUUUGCGAAUGCGAAUGCGAUAGUUUCGUUGGGCGGGAGAGGGAACGGAAACCCGUACCGUGUGGAAUGAGUGGAUAAGGGUCACAUCCCCGCUUAAUAUGCAUUGAAUAGUGCCGCGAGGUGAUGCGGGAAAGUUGUCACGUCAGCUGCCAUCAGAGUGAAUCUCGCGCAUGAAUUUUACUGAACGGUUUCGCUACAGCUCUACUAGAUAGUGCGCUGAUAGCCAACAGGUUGUGUGAUGAUGAGUAGGUACUUACCGUUGACCGCUGGUGCCUAGUAGCAGUGAUUCUUUGUGUGCACAGUCAUAAAUACUAUCAAGCGAAAAAGUGCUAUCAAAUAACUCAAACAGUUGACCACUACAAAACUGUUGUCAGUUGAUAUACAAACAAAACGCUCGCUCCAUAGCAUGCUGAGUUGGAAUGGAUUUGACUAUAAUCAAACGGCUUUGUGGCUUCUCAAGUAUACGACUUUUGUUUGGAUGCAUACAAAGCAAAGUGUUGAUUGGAAGUGCAAGGUAAAGUUGCUGCUACUAAAACAACAUUCGAGAAACGUUCGAAAAUUUAACGCUUAUUGAAUAACGUGACAAUCGAGUUGCCAGCCAGGAGAAACUCGGUUGAUCGGUUGAACGUGACGCAUUAAAUACUGUCCACGACGAAUUGUGUACUGUGCAGCGGAAAGCCGGCGGCGCCGCCAACCAGCCAGCGGAGGAGAGCACUAUUUAACGAUCGCAUCCGCAGCGGAAAUUGAUAUUCCGCACCAGCGCGUGUCACCAUCGCUACCAAUCAACCACGCCUGCUGCGACGCUCUGGUGUAGUGGGAACAAAAGGUAGAGCAAAAAACAACGACAGCGCGUCGAGAGGUGGAGAAGGGGUUGGCGUUUCGAUGGAUGGAUAUGUGUGAUAAAACUUGGUGUUCGACGGAUCGCUUUUAAUCGAAUAUUUAUUUCGAAUGACAUCAUUACCGCACCGAUUCGAGCGUGUGUUCAUUCAGUCGGAAGUGAAAAGUUGUGAAUAACGACAACAGCAGCAACAAAUCGUAGAUUGAUUUCACUCGAUCUCUCUCUCGCAGUAAAUUAGUGAAACGAAAAUUGUUAACGGAAAAAUAUGAGCGCUGCUGUCAGCGCUGAACCGGCGGUUACCGGUGACGGUGUUACAGCCAACAACUUUAACAACAACAACAGUAUCGGCAACAGCAAAAACAAUAAUAACGACCACGAGCCGCGAAACAAUGGAACCUACGCUUUCGGGACCAUCUUGGAAAACAGCAGCAACAACAAUUCCUCCUCGACUGCCACCACGGUCGUGUCCAGCAGGAGCUCCAUGUACAGCAACUCCAGCCGAUCUUCUUCCUACCAUACGCAGCAUCUGAAAAGUGCCUACGGAGCAUCCGAGGAAAUGUUGGAAGCCGAAAAGGCCGGUCUGGUGGAGCGAGUGAACGAUUUGGAGCGGAUAGUGCUAGAGCAGAAGGAUGAAAUCGUAUGCCUGAAAUCGACACUGGCCGAUGUGCUGCGGCGGCUCAGUACGAUCGAUAACAACUAUGAUGGUAACAAACCGCUGGACAGCAAUUCGCCGAACAGUUCGACCAUGUCUAGCAAAAGUUUUCGCUUCUCCCGGAAUACUAUCACCCGAUUAAACUCCAGCGUCGACGAGAAGCGGUUCGGCCGUGUGCCAUCUCGGGUGACCAAUUCCCCGUCCCGCAACAUGUCUACCUCGAAGGCGAGCAGUUUGGCUCAGAAGGCUAUCCACCACUCGAAUGGAUCACUGCACUCGGAUUCGAUGAGCAGCCAUUCGAUAUCACCGGCUCCAUCGCCGUCCCCCAAGCAGCCCAACAUGGCGAACUUGGCCGCAUCGGUCGGCGGAAUCAGCGUGGCGGGUGCCCCCGCGGGGGUAGCAGGCAUGGGCAAACGUUGGAGCUCGACGGGUGAUUUCGUUAGUGGUUCACCCGGACCGGCAGUCAACAGUACAAGCAUUUCGCGCUUCUCCACCAAAUCACUGCUAAAUCUGAACAGCAACCUGGGCGGCGGUGGAGGCUCGAAGCACCACACACAUGCCUAUGUCCAACGGAAGGACGAUGACGACUUCCUGAAGCUGUACAUCAGCGGGCGGCCGAUCGUGCUGCACCUGCCGGAGGCUCAAAUCAGCACGUACGAAACAACAAAAGUUCAACCAACCCCGAAUCGGCGGCUUCGACUGGACUGGGUCUAUGGCUAUCGGGGUAAGGACUGUCGUUCAAAUCUGUACCAGCUGCCGACCGGGGAGAUGGUGUAUUUCGUGGCAGCCGUCGUCAUUCUGUACAACAUGGAUGAACAGUCCCAGCGACACUACGUAAGCCACACGGACGAUGUGAAAAGUUUGGCCGUGCAUCCGAACAAGUUACUGGUAGCGACCGGCCAAUGCGGAGGACACGAGGGACGCGAAACGUGGCCCCACAUACGGGUGUGGAAUUCGGUUUCACUGGUGACGCAGAACGUGAUCGGAAUGGGUGAGUUUACCGGUGCGAUCAAUUGCUUGUCGUUCAGCCGUGCGGACAGUGGCACGAUUCUGGCAGCGAUCGACGACUCCCCGGAUAAGAUCAUUUCGAUCUGGGACUGGCAGAAGAAGGAAAACGGCAAGCGGAUAACGGAAACCAAGUGUUCCGUUGAUACGAUUGUGGCUGUCGAGUUUCAUCCACUGGAUAAGGGUCAGAUAAUUACAAUCGGCAAAAAUCACAUCGCCUUCUGGUCGCUGGAUCACAAUGGGAUGCUGUACAAAAGGAUGGGUGUUUUCGAGAAUCGUGAGAAACCGAAAUACGUAACGGCAAUUUCGUUCACUCCGACUGGGGAUGUCGUGACGGGAGAUUCGAAUGGAAAUAUUUCGAUUUGGGCACGCGGAACGAACAUCAUCAGUCGCUUCCUGAAGAAAGUUCACGAAGGAUCAGUAUUUUCGAUCUGUUCGUUACGCAACGGAGGCUUUGUUUCGGGUGGAAAGGAUGGCCGAUUGGUUUUGCUAGAUGAUCUGAUGCGACUGAAGGCGGAACAAUUGGUCGAGCCGCACUUCGGUGCGGUGCGGGUGGUUGCGCAAGGUAAAGGAUCCCAGCUACUGAUCGGAACCACUAAAAACUGCAUUCUAUCGGGUGAUUUCACCCUUGGUCUUGUGCCUAUCGUGAUGGGUCACACGGAUCUGUUGUGGUCGCUUGCAUCCCAUCCACAAGUUGCACAGUUUGUCACUGGUGGACGCGAUCGGUUGCUGCAGCUGUGGGAUUCUCUUUCACAUUCCGUCGUGUGGAGCAAAGAUAUUGGAGAACCGAUUCAAUCGGUGCAAUUUUCGAACACCGGUGAUGUUAUCAUCGUCGGAGGAGUCAGUGGCCGAUGGAUGGUGUUCGAUACCUUCACACGGGAACUGCUUGCGGUGUACCAGGACGGGCAGGAUGUCAUCCAGACAAUCAAGUUUUCCCCGGACGGGAACCUGCUUGCACUUGGAUCGAAGGAUAGUUACAUCUACAUUUACCAGUGCACAAAAGUAUCGCAUCGAUUUUCCAAAAUUGGAAAGUGCACCGGUCAUUCGAGCUUCGUUUCCCACAUGGAUUGGUCAAAAGAUAGUCAAGUGUUGAGGACAAAUUCCGGAGAUUACGAGCUACUCUACUGGAACCCAACGCUUUGUCGCCAAAUCACGAACCACGGCACGGUACGGAAUCUCGAGUGGGCCACCCAGUCCUGUACGGUGUGCUUCGAAACGGUCGGCAUCUGGCCGGAGAACUUCGACGGAACGGACAUCAACAGUGUGUGCAAGGACGGUGGCGAACAAUUUCUGGUCACCGCUGACGAUACCGGCAAGAUUCGUCUCUUUACCUAUCCAGCUUCGCAACCAAAGUGUCUGUCCCAUGCAUACCGAGGUCACAGCAGUCACGUAACAGCCGUUAAAUUUAUGCACGAUGGCGUCCGGCUGCUUUCGGCUGGUGGAUUGGAUACCAGCGUGCUCCAAUGGAGGGUCGUUUAGAACAAAAGAGGCGCAAUGUAGCGAGCAGCCAACAGCAACAAAUACAGUAUGCAUGUGCAGUUACUAAUUGUUACACUCCGGUAUUUAAAAAAUACAUUCUACAGUCUACACUUUUCCCCAACCGUCUCGUGCGCGUACGAACAAAGCAACACCAACAAAAAUCCACUCUACUUUAAAAUCUAAAUACACUAGGUGAUACUGUUGUUUAUUAUUACAAGCAAAAUAACGAUGCAUUUUAGAGCAGCAAGUAAGUUAUUAAACUUUUACAUUCCGAUUAUUAGCGCGGAAAUCUUUAGAA